CUCCGACACUGACUGAAACACCAAACCACUGCAGCAACCACAUCCCGUCAUUAGAAAGGAAAAAAAGUACUACAUUACACAUUUUUCCUACUGCAACCACUAUUCCUAACUGCUGCUAGAUGCCACCAACAGAAAUUCGCUGGAACUUGACUGAACUAAUUGCGUGUUUUAAUUCUAUUUUCAAUUUGCUUCAACGUGUACUGAUUUGCAAUCGAUUCUUGGUGUACUUGUGUUUAGCAGGCGAUUAAGAAGAGCCAAAUGUGAUCCACGAGAAAUCAAAUUAGCUGAGAAAGUUAAUCAAGCAAAUCAACCAAUUGUGAUAUAAAACAGAAAUUUUUUGCUUCCUUUGAACCCCUAUCUUAACAAGCUAAGCUUUUCCACUUCAUCGAGGGCGUAACUCAUAUCAACCACGCUUUACAAAUAUCAUACGAUAUCAUUCGAUUCACUAACCAAAAUAAAGCAUAUUCUGCUAACGAUAAACCUUUGCGAUGCAAUCAGAAGAGUGUCAGAAAAUGUGAUCCUGGGUGUGAUAUUUCAUGAUUGAUUAAGAAGUGAUAAUAAUUGCUAUAUUAGAAAAAACUGCCCCCGUGGGAUAAUCUAAAGGUCGGAAAAGGGGACAUAGAGUGCUCUCGUUCGAACCGCGAGCCCCAGCAAUAAUUCAUAACCCCUCAGCGGGCACACAUGAACCACGAAGGGUGGGAAAACGAGUGGCACUAUUGUGUGGUAAGAUCGAUUGCAAGAGUGUAGGACUAAGCAUAAAGGAACGGAAGAUAAACAAACAAGGGCAAGCGAAAGCGAAAGGUGCUUGUCCAUCGGUGUCGAUCAAACGCGGGGAAAAGUGUGAUUAUAUAACCCAUCCUCAAUCGGUGGUACCAUCUUCUGUGGUUGGGGUGAGAGAAUAAGCUCAAUCGGUGGGCGGUAGCGAGAGUGGCACACAGCGAUUGGGGCUGGUACGCCCGGAACAAUGCCCAGCAGCAGCUGUUGUCCUACACCACCACCGGGGGCGUUGUGUUGAUUCAAGGAGCCCGAAAGGGAGCUGUUUACGCAAAUCAAAAAGAAUAAAUGUAAAUAUCUGUGAUCGUAGAAGGCGGCGGGUGUUGCUGCGUUGUUUUGCGUUUGGUGUUUGGAGCGAUUUGUGCUCUCCAGUGGAAACCGUGGAAACGCUAAAUUUAGCCACGAAGACUCUACCAGUCAAAUAUCAACCAUCUACCCCAACUCCCGCAUCCAGAUUGGCAGUUCGGCCCAGCGCCUCUACUAUCGCGAGUGGUUGCCUCCUGAAGGCAAUCUACAUACCUAGUUGUUAGACAUCAGCUACGUUCCUAAAAGUUGUUUGUGGCUUUGGAUAGUGAAGUCCACGUUUGAUAUUUAAUUGGAAAAAGGGAUUCCAACCAGGAAAGCGCUCCCAAUCAGAUGAGGAUGCCGGUUGACUGCGCUUCUACCGUCGAAACAUCGGAUCAUGAUCCUUUUAUGUUCCUGGCUAGGCGGAGGGGAAAACAUGUUUGUUCGCAACAAGAAGCACCACAUCUCACUACUAGUGUACAAUAAUAGAGUCGUUACCAAUCGUAGCCGUCGUCGUCGUCGUUAUUGUUGUUGUUGUUGAUGUUUGUUCAUAGAAAUAGUUGUUGGAAGCUUUGGAAUAGCGAGCGCAUACAUAAUCAUCCUUUUUCUGGCGGUGAUAGUCGUUUAGAGACGGGCCAGUGUUUGGCGGAAACGGCCGUGGAUAAGCGGAAAAAGCACUGAUAGAUAAUAGCAGGGAGCCGCAGCCAACGUCGCCAUCAUGGGUAAUGGAAUGAACAAGGUUAUGCCCGGGUUGUACAUAGGCAACUAUCGGGACUCAAAAGACUAUCAGCAAUUAGACCGUUAUCAAAUCACGCACAUUGUCUCGAUACAUGAUAGCCCAAGGCGUUUCCAUCCGGAUAAACACUACCUCUGUGUGAUGGCCGCCGAUACACCGGACCAAAACCUGUCGCAAUACUUUUCCGUCUGUAACGAUUUUAUACACUCCGCCCGGCUCAAAGAGGGCCACGUACUGAUCCACUGUCUGGCCGGGAUGUCCCGCUCGGUGACGGUUGCCGUGGCCUACAUCAUGUCCGUCACCACACUGAACUGGAAGGAGGCGCUUAAGGUUGUGCGCGCUGGUCGUGCCAUCGCCAAUCCGAACCUCGGCUUCCAGAACCAGCUGCAAGACUUUGAGUCCUGCAAACUGUUUGAUGAACGAAAACGCCUGAAAGAACGUUUCCCCAGCUUAGCUUUGGAAAACAAUGAUAGAGAGCAAUGCUUUAUAGCUUUAGAUAAUUAUGAAAUUUUGCUAGAAAACAAAGGUGUUUGCGAAGGCCAGUGCAAAUUUACAAAAGACUGUCCCACAGGGAUCUGUCGUUCGGAUUCACGGAGUGGCUUCCGCCGCAAGGGAAGUACCGCAUCGAGAAAGCAAUACAACCUCUCUUCAUCACCGUCGACAUCGUCUCAGCUGUCGGUGCGAAACGCCGCCCAGUCGUGUCCCACUUCGCCGCGUAGUUCCAAGGGUGCAGGUCGUGGCUCGGAAGCCGGUGCUGGUCAACGGAACAAUCCACGGGCUGCGGGCGAUAAUGCAGACGAGAUCGACAUUGGUGAGCUGUCCGAGUUGCGACGCAGUUCCAGCAUCGUCAGUACCUUCAGACCUCGCAGUAGUCCGGCCGGGCUGUACUCCUACACAGGAUCUGCCCCUCCAUCCAUCCACGGUUCACGGGUCGAUUUAGCGAGCGGCACAGGUUCAGCCAUCUAUCUUGGUGCCAAUCCACCUUCCGCCAGUCCGUCGCCCGGAGCAACCCGCCGCGUUAGUUUAAGGUCUCCAAAAUCAACUCCCAAAUCAACUCCUGAUUCCUCUCCAAAACCGUCCCCCAAAAGAGUCCCAACCACCCCUUUGAAAACCGCGUCCGCAGUUCAAACCCAAACCGGUAGCAGUAGCAGCAAUAUCAAUAAAGCCAAUAAUUCCAACAGUUCAUCGCCGAUGAAAACUGCUGGCAGCUCAAAAACGAACACGAAACCACCAAUUGCCACUUCCAACAAUGCCACCAGAAGUCCGGCAAGGGCACUAUCAUCCUCUCCGUCGACCCUAUCAAAUAAAUCGUUAUCGAACUCAGCGGAAAAAGGAACACCGAAAGGCACAAGCAGCAGUGGCAAAAAAUGACAGGCACCAAAUAGCAAAGCUUAAAUUUUGAAACGCUUAUUGUUAAAAACAAACGCGAGCAUAGCUAAAAAAUUCUGAAAAGCAAAAAUGAAAUGUCGAUAUUUUUUAGUAAACCAUAAUGAUGAUAUAUAUUUACUGAAUAAAUAAUGCCCUUUCCUACUGUAGAAUCACGAGAAUAAAAAAGCUGAAAUGUAAACCAAAUGGUAAAGCGGAGCACAAUUUGUUUAGAAAAAAAGCGAAUCAUCACUAUUAGCAUCGUUCCCCCUUUUUCCAAAUCAUGUGGAUUGGUGCCGAAAUCGGUUGGAAUGGCAAUUUGAUAAUAAUGGAAUCGACAUAAUCCACACACAUAUAUUUAUCAAUUUUGUGAAAUUUUAUUUUAUACGAAAACGGUACUUAGAGCGAGUAUAAUCAAGAAUGACCGUAUUUUUAUUGGCUUGUGACAAAAGAA